AUGAGCGACGAUGCGCGGCGAACGGGCCGCGUGGACUUCACGGGAACCCUUACGAUCGUGGCGAUCAAGCUGACGUCACUCGCCAUGGACUACCAAGACGGCCUUAAAGCCCUAAAGGACGACGCGAAGCGCGCUAAAGACGGCGAGAAACCCGAGAGCGAGCAACCGUCGGGCGACGAUCGGAGAAAGGCGGAGAAGCGGGCGAGAGUGAUUAGAGAGAUGCCAUCAGCAGAGGAGUUUUUGGGGUAUCUGUUCUGCUGCGGUCAGCAUCUGCUGGGGCCGUGGUUCGACUAUCAAUCCUACGACGACUGGACGCACCGACGCGGGGUGUGGUCCCCCGCAGUCCGCGCACCCUCCCCCAUCCCGCCCUUCCUCCGCGUGCUCCUCCAAGGGGCGCUAGCAGCAGCCGUUUUCCUCCUCAUCUUCCCCCACCUCGAUCUCUCCCUCGCCACCGACCCCACACGCUUCUUCGCGCUGCCCUUCCUGCGGCGCCUGCUGCUCGUGUUCCAUGCCACGCUCGUCACGCGCUGGCGCUGCUACAUUGUUUGGUCGAUUGCCGAGGCUGCUAUGGUGUCGGGCGGGUUGGGAUUCUCCGGUUGGGUCACUAAGCCUGGUGCUACUGCUGCUGCUGGUGCUGCUGCUGCUGCUGUUGCUCCACCUGCUGCUGCUGCUGCUGCUGCACCUGCUGCUUCUGCGGCACCUGCUGCUGCUGCUGCACCUGCUGCUGCUGCUGCACCUGCUGCUGCUGCUGCUGCUGCACCUGCUGCUGCCACUGCUGCCCCGGCUGCUACAGCGGAAGGCGGUGCAGACGAGCAUGAAGGGAAGGAGAACCACACGGAAAGAAAUGGUGGGACGACUGUCAGCACAGGACAGGCGGCCGCAGCAGCAGGAGCAGAUGGAGGGCGGGUGAUGAUGGGAGAGCUGGUGAACAAGCAGGGAGGCAGCCCAGCAAUGGCUGGAGUGAAGGGCUCUGCAGUGGCGGCGGCAGGUGGCGAGCGACAGGUGGCGUCGUGGGAUAGGGCGCGCAACGUGAAUAUCCUCGGCAUGGAGCUCGCGAGCACGGGCGCUGACGUGGCAAAGAACUGGAACAUCUCCUUCAGCACGUGGCUGCGCAUCUACGUGUACGAGCGGCUGGAGGCGAUGCCAAAAAAGAGCGCGCUUUUCAACCUGCUCUUCACAUUCUUCAUCAGCGCCAUCUCGCAUGGUCUGAACCCAGGGGACCUCAUAGGCUUUGCGCACUGGGCGCUUAUGAUAGCGGGCUCUCGCGUCAUCUACCGAUGGUCUCGCCCGCUCGCCCAGGGCUCGCUGCGGCGCCGUGCUGCCUCGCUGCUGCACUUCCUCUACGUGCUGCUCUGCAUCAAUUACGCUGGCUUUGGCUUCAGUGUGAUGACCCUGCAGCACACAGUACAGGCGUACAGAGGGCUCUAUUACUACGGCACAAUAGUGCCCGUGGUGCUCAUCUUAGCAGGCAACUUCAUCCGAGCACCAAGACCCAGAGGGAGCAAGAAAACCCUCAAGACAGAGUAG